CCCCCUCCCCAUAAAGAGGAGUGGAGCGCGGACCCCGUCCCCUUUCCCCUUUGGCGUUGGGCGCGCUCCCUCUCUGGGCGGAGCCGGGGCGGGGCCUGGUGUCAAGUUCCCCUCCCUGGUCGGUCGUAACCUUCGUCUUGGGUUGGAUUCCCUCAGCGCCCGACUUACCGGUGUCCCCCCCCCACCUCCAAUCCCAAGUCGCGUUUUAUCGUGGUUGACUUUUUCUCGGCUCUGCAUCGGGGCCUCGCCGUGCUCGCGCCUGGCUCUGCCCUUUCGAGGGGAUCGACCGGUGCUUCGCCAAGCUUCCCCCUCCUUGCCCCCGCGAUUAAAGGAGGAUAUGCUACAAAGCUGAAUCAAGCAGGCCUACUGCAAUAAUUUCUAAGGGGCACAUAAAGAACUGUAAAAGGUUAGUGGACUCCAAAACCCUGAGGGCCAACACAAGCACAUCUGGCCUUGAGACAACAUAUCCACAAGUACUCAAAGAAGCUGAGGUGUUAAUAUGGCUCGUAUUACACUUGAAGAACUAAAUGAAAUGGAUGAUGAGAUCCAGGAUGAAGAACAAGAACAAGAUGAAACAGAACAAAACAGGCUGUUUUCUAUGUGGGAAACAGUAGCCAACACUCAUCAAGUGAUACUUCCUCAAGACAUGGCAGCUCCAAUAGUACAGAUGACUCACCACAACCAAGUGCGAGAGCCUGUGCCCUACACUAUUUUAUCACAGCAUGAGAAAUGCGAGGAAACAACAUAUGAGGAACGCUUAUACCCUGCUGGGAAAUGGGCAUGCAUUACCAAAGGAGAACCCAAGUAUGAGCAGAGUACCUCAUUGGGUUUCAUGAAACUUAUAAGAUACAUCUGCAAAGAGAAUUCCCUAGGCCAGCACUUGGGGAUGACAGUACCAGUGAUUAAUGAGAUCCACCUGAAUAAGGAGAGUACUGAAUUGGUCCAAGAAGUCAUCACCGCUUAUUAUCUUCCUCAGGAAUUUCAGCUUAAUCCUCCUCUCCCCAUGGAUCCAGAAAUCCAAAUCCUAGAAAGAUCACCACUUCAGGUUAUCACCAGGGAGUUUUAUGGGCCAACUACUGAGGAGACAAUCCUGCGAGAGAUUCACUUUCUUUGGGAGUUACUGGGCUCGACAGAUAAUGUGCUCCGUGAAAGGUACUUGGUGGCAGCAUAUCAGAACCCUAGUAUACCUAAUCGUCGCAAUGAGAUAUGGUUUAUCCGGAAAACAGACUGAAAGCAUCAUGGAUUUCUGACAAGUUUGUAAUCCAGUGAAUUCAGUUUAGAUGACAGUUCUAGCCUGAAGGAGACAAAUGCACUUCCCAACUUACUCUAGAACUGACCUGAUGACCCAUUCCUUUUCCUUGAGGGCAUUAAGGAAUUGUGUUCCCUCCUAUGAGUUCAGAAAUGGGGGGAAACAAGACCAUGGAAAAAUAGUAUGGCUUUCUAAUGGUCCUGGAGGGAGCUGGCACUGGAAGAAUUGAUGGAUAGCUGCUUCAUUGACUUUGAAAUUUGUCUAUGCGGUGUUGAGUCAGAAUGCAUCAGAAAUUGCAACUGUUCAGCAAUCCACAUCUGGUAUUUCAAACAUUCUGAAUUCUUCUGGAAAUGAAUUUGGAAUGUCAGUCUGUAGCUGGAUGGGGGCAUAGCUCAUAGUUUUACUUACUUAGAGAGAGAAUUUAAUUUCUGGGCAAGACGCUAUAUCUUUAACCAUGUAUAUGAGAUACUUUUAAUCACCUCUGUUCCAGCUUGAUGUGGAAUAAUUUCAGCCUUUCUUAACUGGGUUGAUUUGAAUAUAUCCUACAAAGCCCCUCCCAGGAACAAUCUCCCCUGAAGAGAAGAUCUGAGAAUUAGAGAUCAGAGAAAUCCUCUUCUGUUUUUCAAGAGUGGUAUAACACCUGUCCCUCUGUGACCUCACUACCAACUGGAAUUGUAUCCAUGGAUGCUUCUAGACUGAUUACUGCUUUCAUUUUUCCCUCCUUCAUAGACAUUUUUCUAUUAAUAGAAGUAAAUGGAAGCUACAGUGAAAAGAUUUAGGACACUUAUCAAUGAAAAACUUGAUUAUAUGGACCCUAGACUUCUUUUUAUUCUCUUAAUGAACAAGGUAAUUGCAAAAUAAAGGCCAUAUCUAAAAGCAUCCCAUCAUUUUGCAAGGUGCCCAUUGAGUGAGCCAUAUAUUUAUUGGAAGUUAUAACUGGCUGCAUUGUUACAUUGCACUAUUGUGAUUGGUUGAUUUUAUGACCAAGAAAGUUGCUGUCUUCUCUGAAGGAGGAUAAAUAGCACAGAGCAAUUAUGAAAUAAAAUCUAGUUCAAACCCC